AUGAAAGUUCACCUGACUGGUGCUUUGGCACAUGGACAGAAGAAGGCAUUCAUAUAUGCUUGGACGCCAAAGUUCCACAUGGACACCAAUAUCACAGUUAACGUUUUGAUACGUAGUCUACUGGAGGUAGCUAAGGAAUACAAUGGCCAUCUACCAAACACGCUUUACCUGCAGCUAGACAAUUCAGCAAAAGAAUGCAAAAACAAGUAUGUUAUUGCAUUCUCUACCUGGCUUGUCAAGCUUGGAAUCUUUAGAAAGGUGAAGUUGGGGUACCUAAUGCCUGGCCACACACAUGAAGACGUGGACCAGAUGUUCAGCAGAGUAUCCACACACCUGCUGCUUCAUGAUGCACCAACCAUCCCAGACCGCUUACAAGCCUACACCACAGUGCAG